AUGUCAAGCUCGCAAACUCCAUCCCCUUCCAAAAACGACGAAACACUUCAUCCACAAACCACCAUAUCACCCUCAUACGAUUCUCUCCCUCAACAAAUCACCAUCGCCUAUCCAAUUUCAACCAUUUUUCCUGAGGAAACAACGAAGAGGAAGAAGAGUUCAGCGAAGAAGCCAACGCCAAAGAAAAGUCAAUUCACUUCGCGUGAUGCAUCUGCUUCAAAAAUGGGUAAGAAAUCAAAAUCUAAAUCUACAUCUAAAGCUGUUCAUACGAUGCGUGAACUAUAUCUUGAUAGUCCUAUUAAGUCAAAUAUGGAAAAGCCUAGGACUGCUGAGAAAUUGGGGAAACCCUCUUUGGAAAAGCCUGAUGAUAUUUUUGAUGAUAUUGGCGCUACUACUAAGGCCAAUCCUGAGUCUGAGAUGAAUUUCAGUGAGAAAUUAGUUCCAGAACAAGAUGCUGCAAAUGAUGCUACAACAUCUGCAGCACAGGUUGAUGUUAGCACCACUGUGGUUCCUGAUUCACCAAACUCUCCUGUGGUCCCUGUUAAUGAAAAAGAUACUGAAACCUCCAUCCCUGCUGAUGUCAUUACACAGGAUAAGGGUAAAAGUGCGAGUGUGCCUGAUACAAGUGAGGCAAAUGUUAUUGAUGUUGAAAGCCUCCAAUUCAAGAGUACUCCUAGGGCUGGUAUAUCUAGGAGGCUGAGAAGUAAUACAGGAAAGGAUAUAGCCACUCCUUCUGAAGCCACCAAAACUAAAAUUGGGCCUAAGAAACAGUGGAGCAAGGUCACUAUACCCUCUGGAAGUAAGAAGAAGACUGUGAAGAGAAAAACUAUCUCCUCUAGUGACUCUGACUAUGAGGAAGAUCAAGAUGCUGAAGCAUCUUCUGCAGCAUCUCCUCAGAAAUCUGCCAAGAGAAAAAGAAUGGCUCCUAAUGUCCCAUCUGUACCAAUUGAUAAUGUCUCCUUUCGUUGCGUUGAGAAUGUUGACAGGUGGAAAUUUGUGGUCAAAAGAAGAAUGGCCAUUGAAAGGAACCUAACUGAAGAAUUCUUGAAAUGUCAAGACAUUGUGAAUCUGAUAGAGGAGGCAGGGCUGAUGAAAACUGUAUCUGAGUUGGGUAAAUGCUAUGAUAAGUUGACUAGAGAAUUCUUGGUGAACAUCCCAGCUGACUGUGAUAACCCUUUAAGUCCUGAAUACUUAAAGGUGUAUGUAAGGGGAAGAUGUGUUGACUUUUCACCAGCCAUCAUCAACCAACAUCUAGGUAGAUGUGAUGUUCCUACACCUGAAUUGGAGAUAUCUAUGAAUGAGGUGUGCAAGACCAUAACUGGUGACAAAGUGAGAUUAUGGCCAAGAGCUGGAAAACUGUCUGCUGCAAAAUUAACUACAAAGUAUGCUCUGCUAAACAAAAUUGGUGCAGCCAACUGGGUCCCCACUACACACUCCAAUAGUGUAGCUACAGGUUUGGCUAAAUUCAUCUAUGCCAUAGGUACUGGUACUGUUUUUGAUUAUGGCACUCAUAUUUUUAAUGCAACAAUUCUCCAUGGCUCUUCUACUGCUGUAAAGAUGCCAAUAGCCUUUCCCACUUUGAUCUGUGAUAUUAUUUUGUCCCAACAUCCUGACAUCUGCACUAAGUCUGAUGUGCCUGUCUCUAGACCCUCAGCGUUGACCAUGGACUUUAGACUGUUGGAAGGUAAACAUGCUGCAGACAUUGCUGUAGCAUCCUUGAAGACACCAGCUGCAGGUAUGACCAAGAGACAGAUGAUUGCUAAUCUCAGGGAGGUUAGUAAAAUGCUAGGUGAGAAGAAGGAGCCGGUAGAUGGUGUAAUCCUAGCCUUGGAGCUUGAGCAGUCAUAG